AUGGGCGCUUGUGGCAUCUGCUGCUGCGUUUUCGGUCUCCUCAAUGCGGUCUUGCUCUAUAUUUAUGAGUGCAUUGAGGUGCUGAUCUCGUAUUUCUUCAGUCCCCUCCCCCCUGUUCCCCGUCCCGAGAACAAGUUUGGUCAUGUGGCCGUGAUCGGCGCUGGUCUUUCGGGCAUUUCCACCGCUUCUCAACUGGUUGCGCAAGGUUUCCAGGUUACAAUCUUUGAGGCCGCAUCCGAGUCGGGUGGUAUCUGGGCUAAUGUGAAUUCGACGAGUGGUCUUCAGAUCAACUCGAUGCUGUACCGCUUCCAUCCUCUCGUGCACUGGACUUACUGGUAUCCCCACCGUGACCAGGUGCUCCAGAACAUCCGCAAGAUUUGGAAUGUUUAUGGCCUCAAGAACCGUACCCGCUUCAACACUCGUGUCACCAAGGUCGAGCGUCAUUCUUCUUCGACCAAGCUCGAGGGCGAGGAGGGCCAUUCGCGCUGGGUGAUCAACGGAAAUCAGUCCGAGAUCUUUGAUGGUCUUGUCGUGACGAUUGGAACGUGCGGAAAGCCUAAGAUGCUCAAGCUUCCGGGUGAAGAGCAGUUCAAGGGCAAGAUUGUACACUCGAGCCAGCUGGACAACAUCGACUUUGAGGGCAAGAACGUGCUCAUUGUUGGUGGUGGUGCUAGUGGUGUCGAGGCUCUGGAGCUGGCUGUGAACAAGGGUGCCAACAAGCCGACCAUCCUGGCUCGCAGUGACAAGUGGGUUAUUCCGCGCAACUUUGUCGUUGAUUGUCUGCUUUCUCUCCAGCCCUUUGGCCGUGAGAUGCCAUUGUCGUUCGUCCCUGAAAUGUUCCUGAAGACGUUCCACUACCGCGAACUUACGGAGAAGAUGGCUCCUGUCCAGGGCUUCUACACUGGUACGCCCAUCGUCAACAACAAGGUCCUGUCGCUCGUGCGCGAAGGCAAGGCUGAUUACGAACGCGGUGACGUGCUAAAGGUCAAAGGCGAUGGUAUCGAGUGGAAUGCUCGCAAGCGUGGUCAGAAGAAGGGCGAGGAAGGCGAGAUGCGUUUCAGCGAGGCUGAUAUCAUUGUCAUGGCUGGUGGCUUCGAGCGUCCCUCGUUUGACUUCCUGCCCGACUAUCUCUUCCCGGAGGGCUACUCUCGUCCUAACAUGUACCUGCAGGUGUUCCCGAUCAAUGACUGGAGUGUUGUGUGCACCAACUCGACUUUCCACGACGCUGUUGGCACCGUCGGCCACUUCCACAUUGGCGUAUAUGCCCGCAUUCUUAGUCUGUUUUUGAACGACCCGAAGACACGCCCCAAGCCUCAUGACAUGCGCCUGUGGGUCGACGUGAUUCGCUUCAUCAAGGAGAGUGCACCGGGUGGCCAGCUCGAGUUCUUCACCUACAUGGAACUGUGCCUUUGGUUCGUGUUAUUCCUGUGCAGUCGCUUCGAGCGUCUUCAGUACGUCUUCUACGUUCUGAAUGGCUAUGGAUUCUGGGUCAAGGACCCCAAGACGGACAAGCCCAAGUUCCGCCUCACGCUCAGCAACAUCUUCUACCGCCUUCGCCAUGGCCUGGUCACGCAACGUGCUGACCUCGUGCUGAAUGCGGCCAAUGAGUCGAAGGAGGAGGAGAAGGAGGAAUAG